UAACCCGUUAUUAACAUGAAUACUUUAUAAGUACUUAGUUUAUACUAUUCAAGAAAUGAAUUGAUGACUGAAGAAUGAAGAAUUUUAUUUAGCCACCAAAAAAAAACUAACACUUUUCUCUCCGAACGAUUCACUCGCCAAUUAUAAAGUUGCCUCUUUGUUCUCUGCUUCGUUCUACGAAAGGUUGAUCAUGUCGUUUUUCAGAGGUCUUUCAACUCUCUCAAAGCUUCGUUCUCGAGCUGGUCAGCAAUCAUGUUUAAGCGGUUCUGUAAGAUGGAUUCAGAUGCAAAGUUCUUCUAACCUUGAUCUUCGUUCGGAGCUACAAGAACUGAUUCCUGAACAACAGGAACGACUGAAGAAAAUAAAGAAAGAAUAUGGAAAGGUUCAGCUGGGAAACAUCACUGUUGACAUGGUAUUGGGCGGAAUGAGAGGAAUGACUGGUUUACUUUGGGAAACAUCCUUACUUGACCCAGACGAGGGUAUUCGGUUUAGGGGCUUGUCUAUACCUGAGUGUCAGAAAGUUUUACCAGCUGCAAUUCCUGGUGGAGAGCCAUUGCCUGAAGGUCUUCUUUGGCUUCUUUUAACCGGAAAGGUUCCGAGCAAAGAACAAGUAGAUGCUUUAUCAGCGGAACUGCGACAACGUGCUUCAAUCCCAGAACACGUGUACAAGACAAUUGAUGCGCUACCAGUUACUGCCCAUCCAAUGACUCAGUUUUGCACUGGUGUUAUGGCCCUUCAGGUUCAAAGCGAAUUCCAGAAGGCUUAUGAGAAAGGGAUCCAUAAAUCAAAGUAUUGGGAGGCAACAUACGAAGACUGCCUUAGUUUGAUUGCUCAAGUUCCUGUUGUGGCAGCUUAUGUUUAUCGAGGUCUGAUGUUUAAGAAUGGACAAAUCAUACCACUAGAUGACUCCCUUGAUUAUGGUGGAAAUUUCGCACAGAUGUUGGGAUUUGAUAGCCCUGAGAUGCUUGAGCUGAUGCGGCUUUAUGUCACAAUUCACACUGAUCAUGAGGGUGGAAAUGUUAGCGCACACACUGGCCAUCUGGUGGGUAGUGCACUUUCAGAUCCUUAUCUUUCAUUUGCAGCUGCAUUAAAUGGAUUGGCUGGCCCGCUCCAUGGAUUAGCCAACCAGGAAGUGCUGCUGUGGAUUAAAUCUGUUGUUGAUGAAUGUGGAGAGAAUAUCUCAACUGAACAGUUGAAAGAUUAUGUUUGGAAGACGUUAAACAGUGGCAAGGUUGUACCUGGAUUUGGUCAUGGAGUUCUACGAAAGACGGAUCCUAGAUACAGCUGCCAGAGAGAAUUCGCGUUGAAGCACUUACCCAAUGACCCACUUUUCCAAAUGGUGUCAAAGCUGUACGAAGUGGUGCCUCCUAUUCUUACAGAGCUUGGAAAGGUAAAGAAUCCCUGGCCGAAUGUUGACGCUCAUAGUGGAGUUCUGCUGAACUACUAUGGUUUAACAGAAGCAAGGUUCUAUACAGUUCUGUUUGGGGUAUCCAGGAGUCUUGGGAUUUGCUCACAGCUCAUAUGGGAUCGAGCUCUUGGCUUGCCACUGGAGAGGCCAAAGAGUGUAACGAUGGAAUGGCUCGAAAAGUUUUGCAAGAAAGGAGCAUAAAAACUGAUGGCAUAUCAACUUUUUACUGUUCUUGGCGAAUAGUAUACAAUAACCUAGAUUCGUGAUACAAGUAUCCUUUUGGAAAUGAAAGGAUAGUGAGGAAUUUAGGCCUCGUUUGGUUCACAUGGGAAGUAAUUUCCCAUGGGAAUUUACAUUUCAUGGGAAAUUCUUUCCCAUGUUAAUUUCCUAGGAAUUAGACAAAAUUGUUUGGUUGCCACCAUAGGAAAUUGCAUUUCCUAGGAAAUUACUCACCAGGGGGGGCUUGGUGAGUGAUUUCCCAUGUUUCAUGGGAAAUUCUAUUUCCCUUGGAAUUUGUAUUUCCUAUGUUUCUCUCAUUUCCCUCCAACCAAACACAACACCCAUAAUGUAUUUCCUAGGAAUUUGUAUUUCCAAGGGAAAUAGCUUCCAACCAAACAACA